UUGAAAGGUGUAAAUUAUGUUCAAUAUUCGUAAAGAAGUCGUUAAUUCAACAUAUAAUAGAGCAUACUCAUUAAUUAUUUAUGAUGAUAUUCAUUCUUGACGAUGAAUCACUUACAAAAGAUGAAAAAACAGAGUAAUAAAAAGAUUUGAUGGUGAUUAUGACUAUUUUAAAGUAGUAGAAAUGACGGAAUAAGAAGAAAUUGUCAAAAGAAUGUUUGCAACCUUAUAUUGUGAAUUUUGUGUUCGAGAAACUGUCAAAGAAUCACUUAUUCCAUACAUGAUUAUUGAAUGGAUCCCAUACGAAAAUUUACAAAAUUUUAAAUAUUUGAUCCAAGGUGGUCUCUCUAAGAUUUAUUCCGCGGAUUGGAUUGAUGGACAUUAUAAAGAAUGGGACCAUGAGGAAAGUUCCGUCCAUAGAGACUUGCACUCUGGAAAUAUAUUAUAUUCAAAGAAAAAAAUGAUUGAAGAACAAGAAGGUAAUAAUUAUCAAGUAUAUAUAAAUAUUAUAGUUCUAAGUAUUCCAGAUAAUAUUUAAAUUGUAUUUUUCAAGAAGAGCAAUACUUAAAUAAUUCACUACUUAUUGAUAAAUUAUGAACGGUAAUGUAACUAUCCUAUAAACGAAAAAAAAAGCAUUCCACAAGCCUCGUUCUCUGAUCGGACUUUGAAUGUCACAUUUUAUCACUAAUUACUUCAUGAGGGACAAAUUUAUCCUGAACCGGGGGUCCAGGUUCUUUAUCCUAAACCCCCUAUAUAAAUAAGUUUUUCCAGAGUAAUCGUCACGUGAUCAAUACAGUUGCGGUCUAGGAUAAGAACGGUCUAUUUGGACGCUCCUUCAAUGAGUAAUUAUCACGUUAUCUAAAAUUCGGUUUAAAUAUAGAAUUUUAUAGACGUCAUUCGUAUAAUUCGAGGCACGCAAGUUUUGUGGGCGCGGUUUGUGUCGAUCUUCGCCAUAUAAG